AAUAAUCAUGGUAAUAAAAACAAGAAAAACAGUUUUGGUGAAAGUGAAAGCAUCCUCAGGCUUCUCUGACGUCACGUUGUGCCGAUCAGCGCCAGCAGCAGCCAAAAGCCGCAUUAAGCUCCGAGCGCCAGAAGCGGAAACAGCGCAGCAAUUUGCACACAAAACAGCACAAAAAAUGGGGAAAAUCUACCAAGUAGUGGUUCACGGACUAAGGGGGGAGAAAAUGACAAUCGACCUCUGCAACACCGAGGAGCAGAUGAAGAGCAUGACAGUGGAGCAGCUGAAAGAGAAAAUCUUGCAGAGGCUUCCUGGGGAAGCAGCUGCCAGCAGCGUAGAAAGUGGACUGAGGAUGAGUGGAUGGUUUCCCUGCAACCUUUUCUCCUCUCAGGCUCCCAAGUACCAUGGCUUGGUUAAUCAAGGAGCAACAUGUUACCUGAACAGUGUGCUGCAGGUGCUCUUCAUGACCAAAGACUUCAGACAGGCUGUGGAGAGGUCUGCUGAUGAAAAUCGUGACACUAUAGAUCGUCAUCUUAAAAGCUUGUUCAGUGAUUUACAGAAGCAUUCAGCAUACACACAUAAUAUCACGAAGGCACUGGGCAUCGACACAGUAUAUGAACAGCGUGAUGCUGCUGAGUACAUUGAGAGGAUUUUACGACUGACCGAUGAAAGUGCAUCAGAGAUCUUCCAUGGAUUGUUGUCACACAGGACCAAAUGUUGUAAAUGUGGUGCAGAGACUGACAGAGAUGAGGCAUUUUGGCAUCUUCCUCUUGCUCUGGUGGAUUCCUGCAGUGACGUCUACAGUGUGGUGGACGGCAUCAGGGACUUUUUGAGAGCUUCAGUUUUCAGCGGAGAAGACCAGAUAUACUGCGACUCAUGUGAUGACAAAGUUGAUGCUACAGCUCAAUAUGUAAUGAAGCAUCAUCCAGACGUCCUUACUUUGCUGCUGAAGAGGUUCGAGUUCAGCUACCGUCACAUGUCAUAUGUCAAGAUCAGCCACGUUGUUGAUGUUCCUUCCACCAUAGAGAUGCCAGAGAUGUAUAAAUUGUACGCAGUUGUGGACCAUUCUGGUGAUCUGAGAGGUGGACAUUACACUGCAACAAUCAAGGAUGAAGGUGGAGACAGAUGGUAUCACUUCAAUGACAGCAGUGUCUCACUGUGUGAUUUCCAGCCGUUCCAGGUGGUUAACACGGAGAAAUCCCAGACCGCUCAACUUUUAUUUUACCGAAAGGAAGAGGCUGUCAUUCAAGACAUGUCCACCAAUCAUAAUCAGUGUGAAGAUGCUGAGAAGACCAGACAGAGAGAUGAAGGUGAAGAUGAUGUAGAAAAAGGUGAUGACACAGCAGUGGCUGUUUCUGUUGGUGAAAAUGAAGUAACAGGAAAUGAAGGCGUAGUCAGAGAUGUUUCUAGAGGAGUAGGACUGUCGGAGGAACCACAUAAUGAAGGUAAUGCCAUCCAGACUGGGACACACAGAAAUCAGAAGGAUAAUGUGGAAAGAAAGGAGGAUUAUCGUCAAGAUGCUAGUGUCAACAUGCAAAAGAUAGAAGAGGGGAAACAAUGGGAGGAUGAUGAGGAGGACAUGAGAGGAAAGACACAAGCUGAUGUUCAGACACAAAAUGCAAGAUUAGUCCGUGUAGAAACCAAACAGACAGAAAGUAUCAAGUAUGAAACUGCAGAAUCAGACACAGACAAAGAGAGGAGGCUAGAUGCUAACUUCAAACCAGAGGUCAGUAUCUUGUCUAAAAUAUAUGAUCUUCCGAACAAACAAGAGGAGACAAAUGAUGCGCAGAGUAGAGUAACAGACAAGGAUGAGAUGACUGGAGAUAAAGAGUCAGAAAAGCCUCCAAUGGAUUACUUUAACAGGGAUGCAGAACAUUUGAAUGAAGGUGGAUUAGAAAAACAGAACAGAAAUGAAGAUCAGGGCAGUAACCUGAAAACAAGGCAACAAUUUGACCCUGGACACGUGGACAAACAGGGAGAUGAGGAAAUAAAAACCGAUAUUGAGGACAACACAGAAAGAGAGACUGGUGCGAUUGAAUUUCCACCAGUAAAUGUAAAGCCCUUAACAAAACAUGAUCCAGAGUAUAAACAGAGAAGCAGCAGCAGGUUGGAUAAAAAACCUGAACAGCAAAGAAAGGAGGAGAGGGAAGUUACAGCAAACAAUGAACAAAAGGGAAGAGAUCCAGACAAAAAACAUGACGGAAAUGAAAAUCCAGACAGUGGAAGAUGUUGUGAUGCCCGACCAAACAUGAGAAAAAAUUCCUCUGUUGAAUUGGUUGGUGUAGUGGAGGAAGGCAAUGUGGAAACAUUCAGAUAUGAAGUCAAGAAAGACAAAAAAGGCUCUUGUAAAGAUGGAAGAGUUGGCAGCUCUACAAGCAGCAAACUUUCUGAUAAUCAGGAAUUCAAGAGGGACAUGAGUCACCCACUGGGAAGACAUGUCGAGGACAGAAAGGGAGAAAAAAUAGAUAGUAAGAGAGAUGGUGGGCAUGACCAAAGGAGAGGAUCAGCAAGAAAGUGUAGUGAGGGUGGAAAGAAUAAAGACAGUGGAAGAUUAGAUGAAGGAAUCAGACAGAAAAAUGUAAAGAAACAGGCUGAAGAGAAAGAAGAAAAAGGAGAUUCUGCCCAGUUUCAUAACAGGGAGGAUUCAGGACAAGAAGGAACAGUCAGAGGAGAGAGAGAGAACCAGGAAAGGGGCAGUGGACAGAGGAGAGUUCAUAAUAAAGGACAGGAUAAUCAACCAGAUGUAGAAUCUGUACAGCACAGUGACAAAGAUACAGGUCCUGCAAAGAGAAGGAAACGUAAGACACCUGGUAGUAGUAUUACAAGUUGUCUUAAAAUAAAGACAAGGACAGAAGCAGCAGAGGAAACCAGUAACAGUUCACAUCAUGAUCAAAACACAGGCAGUUUAACAGAGAGUGUUAGCAAUUUAAUGCUAACUGAGUUACCUGUGCCAGAGUCAAAGAAACGCAAACUCUGGGGAAAUUUUUGGAAGCAACGCGGAAAGGAGAAAGAAAAAGAACAACUAAAGGAAAAAAAUAAAAAAAGGGAGAAAGAAAGGAGAAGGAGAAAGGAGAAAGAAAAAGAACAACUAAAGGAAAAAAAUAAAAAAAUAGCGAAAGUUAAAAUUACUGGGUGUUUACCUAUGUUUUCAAGAGGUCGGAAAAGUAUAGAACAGAAUGGAGAAGAGGACUAAGAGGACAUAACGUUCCACAAACAUUUAACAUUUUAUACAAGAACACAUCAUUGAAGAGACCACAGCAUUGUAUUUCUAGUUUCUAGUUUUUAAUUAACACUUCCUGAUACUGAGCAAUGUUGCAGAAACUGAAGAAAAGUUAGCAACCAGGUAGUUUUAAUAGUACUAGGAUAUAAAUGAUGUUAGACCAAGUCCUCCUCAUAUGCACCAUAUUUUACUGUCUGCCAUAGAGUUUUCUAAAGUCAUACACAUGAUUUGUUCCUGCCAGAUUUCUGAAAAACAAUGAGUGCAGCAGGAAGAGCAGCUUUGUUUAGUUUCUCUCUUCAUUUUUGUGGGUUUACUGCAGGUUUAUCCUGUUUGCUGCAAGAUUUUUUUCUAUCCAAAGAAUCAGAGGACUGACUUAUUGCAUCAGUCUACAAUAGAAAAUACCACUAAUUUACUUUAAAUAUCAGGACAAAGAUAAAACCACAUUUGUGUAAAGUCCAUUUAAAAUCAUCUUCACUGAUUAAAUAGUUGCAUCAUUUGUGUCUUUUGCUAACUUGAAGAUACUUCCAUAUUCUGUUUUUAAAUGAACAUGCUUCAUUCUACUAUGUUUUAUUUUUUAAAGUUAUUCAAAUAUUUACUUGUAUGGACAACACAAUCUGUAACAUUUUUCAGAAAAGAAACUGGGUGUGAGGAUGAAUUUUUAUGUGAUUUUUUUGGUGUAACUAUUUUUUGUCAUUUUAUUGUCAAGUGCUGAUGUUUGAAAUUGUGUUUUUUUUUGUUUCCAGUGUUGUUUACUGCCAAAGCAUGCUACCUUUGUAGAUGCUACCUGGCCACUGACUGUCAUAAAUUGUUUUGAUUUAUGUUCAUCAGUUUGAAGUCAACUCUUGUGUUGUUAUGCAUGAAGUAAAUAAACACUAUUAAGUAAAAGUGUACAAAUAUUAUAAAACCUUGGUUGACUGUCUCUGCAAAAACUCAGAUCACAAUUACAGGUUUCCAAGCUUCAGAGAUUCUUUUAAUCAUACAAACCCUCUUUUGGACUAGACCUGCCGGUUUACAGCUAUAUGAGCACACAGCUGUUUAUUAUGGGAGGAUCAUGGUGACCCAAUUGUUUUGAAUAUAAUUUUUGGAAAAUGCCGUGUUAGAAGAGAUGCCAGUGUUGUAUCAUUUUUACAAAUAGUGUGUAUCCUUCCUUAUAAUCACUAAACUUGUGCCAGAGUCUGGUACUGACUGGUCCAAUCUGUAAGUUAGUCUCCUUCAUACUAUUGUAGUGUAAUAUUUUUGGGUACAAUAUGAUAAAAAUGAAAGAUGAUAUAAUUAUGGCAAAUGUUAUUAAACUGAAGAAUAGAGUUAAAUUGUGUAUGAAAUGCAGAAUGAUGAAUACUACUAACUACUAAUUACUGAUGAUUUGAUGGUAUUGUGUGUGUGGAGGAUCAUUAAGUAAAACGUAUUUUGUUGUAAAUAGAAAGUAAUCAACAUCUAUUUAUUCACUUUAUGUCUGAACAAAAUAAGUCAAAACUACUGUGACAAAUUCUACAAUUCUACAUUUUCAUUUAGCAUGCUUUGUAGAAAAAUGAACUAUGGAGUACCCAAAACAUAAUGGUGCAUAAUUAAGGCAAUAUUACUUUAAAAUGUAUAAGAAGCAUAAUGCAUAAAGGUAUA